GGAUGCCCCAGGUACGGAAGUCCGAUUCCUUCCCGUCGGACAUCGAGCUGAGCGAGGCUUCCAGGGCGCGGCUGGCGGAGCGGCGGUGGCGAGCGGAGGAGGCGCCGCAGAGCUUGCGGAUGCUGUUCGCCGUGUCCCAACACGGCCUGGUGCGCAUCAGUGGGCACUGGGCCGUGGGGGGCCGCGAGAUCGUGCCCGAGCGGCAGGCCUCGGUGCACAUCUCCGCGCAGAUGGAGGUGGUGCUUCACUGGCCCCGCGACGACGUCUUCAGCUCCAGCAACGUGCAGGUGGAGUUCAUUUCGCACCAGAUUUGGCCGCCGCUUCCCCCCAAACCCGCCGAAGGCGGCUUGGCGGUGAAGCGCAGCGACAGCCGACAGCAUUUGUCGACCAGGAGGCACUUGGCCUCCCGAUCGUGGGGCUGGCCAGGCCGCUCUGCGAGCCCUGCAGAGGAGGAGGAGCGGGAGCUGUGGCACAUCCAGUGUCGAGUGGCAUGGGCCUCCGAGACGGACACGGAAGAUGCUUCAGUGCUGGAGACCGAGCUGGGUGACUUGACCUGGUCGUCGCCGGUGGCCUUGCCAGCGCUGGAGCGACGGAGGCCAGAUCGAGACGGGCCGCUGCGGGCAAGCACUGCAAGCGCAGUGGGGGCGCGAGUGGCAUCCCUCAUCAGCAGCGGCCCAGUGGGUCUGCUGGGCCAUGUGGGGAGAGUUGCCUUGCAGGACCCCUCCACGCUGCCCGCGGACCUCGUCCACGCGGCCGCCGCCGCGGCCUCCGCCGCCGCGGCCGCGGCGCAGCAGGCGCCCAAGAGCGCGCUGCGGGCGCUGGAGGAGAAGUCCGAGGAGGUUCUUGGCAAGAGCUACGUCAAGUUUGCUCCUGUUCGGCAGAACUCGGGCGACUUCGGCAUCAUCAUGGCGACUGUGGCGGCGAAGGAUGUGUACGUGACGUGGGACGGAGAUCCGUCUGGCUGGGGCGACUACCUUCGGAAGGUCAGGCUCCAGUACGACAAGACGCCGGAGGACAAGAAGAAGCUCUUGGGGCCGGAAUUGGUUUCCCGCCUCACGGACAAAGCCUGGGCAGUCUGCGCGGAAGUGGACUACAACCGUUUGAAGAAGCGGAGUGGCACCCGGUAUCUCCUUAUCUUCCUCCGGGACAAGUUGUGCCGCACUCCCGUGCCUGAUGUGGGCACUCGCCUUGAGGAGUUGUUUGUGAAGCUGAGGCGCAGCCCUGGAGUCUCGAUGGCUCAAUGGUCUCAACACUUGAGAGAGACCUACAAGCGACUCCAGAGGUCACUACUUCGAGUUCGACAGGAUCGGCAAUUACGUGGAGUGGAGGCACCUACGACCGGGACGCCCCCAACGGCGAGGGCGGAUCUGGAUGCUUCUCGGACUGAGUCUGGUUCUGGACCACCGGAAGAGAGACGCCCCCGGAGCCAUCCCGCAUCUCCGACUACGAGCGCUACUACCCGGGUGAUUCCGGAAGCUCCAGCAGCUGGUGAUGGAGAACGUGAUGGAGAUGGUGCGGUGGCGGAGGAGACCCGGGCAGCGUCAGAGGCCGGCGGGUCCCCUGGCAGCGAGUGGUCCUGGGGACGUGAUGAGUGGCGACACUGGGACUGGUCUGAAUGGCAGGGAGGUCGUCGCGGAGACGAAGAAGAUGAAGAGGACAUGCCUGGGACGAGCUCGAGGUUCAGGAAUGUGAUGUCCUGCCGAAGGUUAUCUGUGCUGGCCUCCACGCACAACUCCCUGAUGAUCGAAGACGUGGAGCGGGCACUACGUGAUCAAGAAGAAGAACUCCUGUUCAUGGAGAGCAAGGGCCAGCAAGAGCGCAAUUACCACCGCCCAAAGAGGACCUAUUGGGUGGAAGAAUCCCAGGAAUGGGGUCUCCUGGACUAUGAGCCGGAAGAGGAGGUGGAGCCUACGGUUCAUUGGGUUGGCCGGCAACUUCCUGAUGAGGUCCAUGCACGGCCUGAUCCUCCUGAAGUAUCUGCAGUACCGGAGGCGGCAUGGUGGUCGGAUUCCUGGACGGACCCUUGGAAUGGUCAAGAUGGAAUUUGGGCAGCCGCCGAAACCGAUUUCUCGCAGGACGAGCUGAAAGAGCUGGAAGAGGCGUACGCAGUGUACGAAGGCAAGCUCCGGACCUUUGCCCAGGGCACCUAUGGCAAGUCGAAGGACAAGAAGGGCAAAGGGUACGGCUCUGCUCCGGUUCUGGCAGCUUCAUCCCCGACGAGGAAAGGACCUGGAAAGGUUGGCUCACCGGACUACAGUGGAUGCUUCAUCUGCGGAGCGAAGGACCAUAGCUUUCAGAACUGUCCUAAGCGUGGGAGAAAGGGAACAAGUUCUGGAAAAGGGUCCUCGCCUUCCUACGGCAUCUUCAUGGUCACCCCCUGGGACCUGGACGUGAACGAAGACGUGAUCGGUGACGAUGGCAUUAUGCUGGCCACAGAGGAGGCGCAUGGCUGGAGGGCCCAUGGAGUGAUCGACUGUGGAGCUACGGAGACGGUGGCUUCGUUGCAGGCGAUCGAAGAACUCAUGGCUCGACGACGUGAGCUUCGCGAUGGACAAGAGGAAGCUAUACGGGUCUUUUCGGACGUGCGCAAGCAGUUCCGUUUUGGAAAUGGCCAGGAGCUGCAGGCCAGCUCCUACAUUGAGAUUCCCCAGCAGAUCAACGGUUGCACCUUCUAUCUCGGCAUCUUCACUCUCGACACGGAAGGGUACGUGCCGGUGCUCCUGGGCAUCAAGACUCUUCAUCGCCUGGGCACCGUC